AUGAAGGACUUUCUGGGGCGAUUUUCUUAUGAGUAUGUGAGGUUUCAGUACACCCCAUCGCAAGACAGCAUUUCCAGGAUAUAUGCAUUUCUCGAGUAUGUUCCAGAUGCAUUAGUCAUACACCGAAGACUUGAAACCAUUCCUUCGUUUAGGCUUCUGAGAAAAUGCCGGAAUAGGGUGAAGAUUUUGAUAGAAGAAGAACCCUUCCAGGCAGUUCUUGACCAUUUGAACAACUUCAGUACCUUUGUAUUGCUAGAGUAUGAGUUUAAUAAUUUUGAACAUGAGUUCCUGAGACAGGCCUCUAUGGCAAAUAGAAAGUCCAUCUUCCUGUUUUCCGGGACACAAAAGGAGUGUGCAUUUGGAAAGGAGAGUUAUCACCUCGUAAGGCUUGACUUCGGUCUUUCUUGA